CAAGUCCUACGAUGGCCACGCCCACACCGUAUGCUUUCGCCCCGCCUCUUUCCUCACAAGCGCUGACCCUCCCACUCGCCCUGACCUCGCCGUACCGUGGCGUGAGGUCAGAUUCUUCGGCAAGCUGCGACACUUCCGGCCUGUCACCCCGGCAACCGGAGGAAGUACCGGCGGGAGGAUUCGGAGCCAUGGAAGAGGCGGAGAUGACGGAACUGGAGAAUACGGUGGUGGAGGAGUUGGGUAUAUCCAUGAAGGAGCUGCGCGAGUUUAUAGACAAAGAGGUGGAGAAGAACGAGUUUGUCAAGCAGCGGAAAGCUCAGUUACUGGAGCUGGAGCAGAUGGUGAAGCAGAAAGAGGAUGAGGUGGCCUACGUGGACAGUUUGUGUGACAAUGCUACCAAGGCUCUGGAUAACUGUGAGAUGCUGGUGAAGACACUAUACCAGGAGAUGGGCAUCACAUACAAGGAGAGCAGCUCAGAAGACGAGGCGGCUUCUAAGCCAAUGGAAGUCAUUGAGAUCCCGGAUGAGGAUGAUGACGACGACGAUGUUGUGAGUGUGAGAUCAGGUGACACAGAUAGCAAGACUCCAAAAGAAAAACAUCUGCUAAAACAAGCAAUGGCCGCCAUGAAGAGGUGCAAGCAAGACGUGCAGAGCUUUGUGGAUGCAGUCAGUAAGAAGUCAGAUGGACUGCAGACCCGGUUUUCUUCUCAUCCAUCAUCGCCCACCAGCUCUGUGGCUGGUUCCAACCAGGCCGGAUCAGCCAAUGACGUGAACAAAGAUGGAGACCUCAUUGUGGGCAUGCGUAUCCUGGGAAAGAAGAGGACCAAGACAUGGCACAAAGGAACGCUUAUCGCCAUCCAGCUGGUUGGGGCAGGUAAAAAGUACAAAGUGAAGUUUGACAACAAAGGGAAGAGCCUGCUGUCCGGGAACCACGUGGCCUACGACUACCACCCGGCCACUGAAAAGUUGCUUGUAGGGAGCAGGGUGGUUGCGAAGUACAAAGAUGGAAACCAAGUGUGGCUUUACGCUGGAAUUGUGGCGGAGCCUCCCAGCAACAAGAAUAAAAUGAGGUUUCUGAUAUUCUUUGAUGACGGCUACGCAUCGUAUGUCACACAGUCAGAGCUGUACCCUAUCUGCAGACCACUCAGUAAGUCCUGGGAGGACAUUGAAGAUGUUUCAUGUCGAGACUUCAUUGAGGAGUAUAUCACUGUCUACCCUAACCGGCCAAUGGUUCUGCUCAAAAGCGGUCAGCUGAUCAAGACAGAGUGGGAGGGCACCUGGUGGAAGUCCAAGGUUGAAGAAGUAGAUGGGAGCUUGGUGAAGAUUUUAUUCUUGGACGACAAGCGAUGUGAGUGGAUCUAUCGAGGGUCCACUCGUUUAGAGCCCAUGUUCAGCAUGAAGACGUCUACAGCUUCCACACAGGAGAAGCAGCAAGCAGGACAACAGCGAACUCGCCCUAACGUUGGUGCAGUUCGGAGUAAAGGGCCAGUAGUACAGUACACACAUGACCUAACAGGGAGCGAAACUUCAUUGAAACCAACAGCUCCAGCCUCUCCUCAUUCAAUCCCGUCACCGCAACUUAUCGACACAGACUCAGACAGCCAGCAGGCACAGAACAAGAAACAAGUGGCAAAGAAGAGUACAUCAUUCCGGCCCGGAUCAGCAGGUUCUGGACAGUCAUCACCAGUACCCAACGAGCAACCGCCUGCUGUACGCCCUAUACUGCCAAAUCAGCCCACCCAGGCUUUCCAGCCUAUUCAUGGAAUACACAACAUUCAGCCCAAUCAUACUAUACAGGUGGCACAAGCUAACAGGUUUGUGACUUUUCCUACAAGUCCGAUGCCCAUCGAGAACAGUUACAAGGCCCCUCUGGAGAAACUCCUCUACCUGCCUCACAUCUGCAGCCACGCCUGUCUGUCCCGUAUACGUGCCACUUCACACCGGGGCAAGAACCCUCUAUUGGUCCCACUACUUUACAACUUCAGGCGCAUGACCGCCCGGCGGCGUGUGAGCCGCAAGAUGGGGUUCCAUAUCCUCUAUAAAACGCCGUGCGGGCUCUGCCUCCGCACCAUGUCAGAGAUAGAACGCUUCCUCUUUGAGACACGCUGCGACGUCCUCUUUUUAGAGAUGUUUUGCCUUGACCCUUAUGUGCUGGUUGACCGCAAAUUCCAGCCGCAGAAGCCUUUUUACUACAUCCCAGAUAUCACAUACGGCAAGGAGGAUGUGCAGCUCUCCUGCGUGAACGAGAUAGACAGGACGCCUCCUCCGCAAGUGGACUACAGCAAGGAGAGGGUCCCUGGCAGGGGGGUGUUCAUAAACACCGGCCUGGAUUUCUUGGUGGGAUGUGACUGUACGGAUGGCUGCCGAGACAGGUCCAAAUGUGCUUGUCACCAGUUAACAAUUGAUGCCACGCGAUGCACGCCUGGGGCACAAGUCAACACAGCAGUGGGUUACACGCACAAGCGACUGGAAGAAUGUCUUCCCACUGGGGUGUACGAAUGCAAUAAGAGGUGUAAAUGCAAUAUCAACAUGUGCACUAAUCGCCUGGUACAACACGGCCUCCAGGUGCGUCUCCAACUCUUCAAGACCCAGAACAAGGGCUGGGGGAUUCGCUGCCUUGACGACAUAGCAAAGGGCUCCUUCGUCUGCAUAUAUGCAGGUAAGAUCCUGACAGAUGACUUUGCAGACAAGGAAGGACUGGAGAUGGGUGACGAGUACUUUGCUAAUUUGGACCACAUUGAAAGUGUGGAGAAUUACAAAGAUGGUUAUGAAAGCGACGUCAAGUCGUCCUCCGACAGCAGCGGUGUGGACCUCAAGGGAGAAGAAAACUCCGGCAGCGAUGAACAGAAUGAGUCUAAAGACAGUUCAGAUGACAACUUUGGGAAGACUGACGACCUUGCAUCUAGCUCUGUGUGGCGGAGCUAUGCAACACGCCGGCAAACCAAGGGUAAGAAGGAAAAUGGGCCCUCAAAAACUGCCUGUAAGGACUCUGCUUUAGCCAGACAGACCAACCAAGAAGAGAACGUAGACUGCAAGCUCCCUGAGGAGACCUCUAAGAGCAAGGUGGCGUCUUGGCUGAGCUCCAGUACCAUGGCUGACACGAUGGUGGACUCUGAGAAAAUGGGAGACAUGCCAGGUGCAGAGAAACAACCAGAGAAAGAGAAGCAUGGAAAGGAGACUGAGGAUGCCGGCAAGCAACUUAGGCUUGGAGAGAGCGGCCGGUUGUACGGUUAUAACCCUAGCCCAGCCAAACCUCAGGGUUUGAAGAGACCUGUCAGCAAAACCGCCAUGCACCAGAUCAGACGUCAGUCCCUCGCACAGACCAGUGAUGAGGUUCUGACAUUAUCCAGCAGCUCCGGCAGUGAGGUGGGAAACGGAGCCAACAGCAAGAAACCUGCUGCCCAAAAUAACAUGAAUGAUAGCGAUGACAUCCAGACCAUUUCAUCCGGAUCCGACGUAGAAGAGGACAAGAAGAACGUCAUCUCCAGCACAGAUGUGUCUUCUUCUGAUCCUUGUGGAGAUACAAAGACUCUUAAUGUUGAAGAAGGGAAAGACAUUACCCUACAAAUCGGCCAGACUCUAGUCACCUCUGUUACUUGGAAUUUUGAGAAACAUGUUAUUGCUACCACAAAACCAGGCGAACCUCUGGAGCUGGGGAAAUAUAAUGCUGGUUAUGCUGAGAGACUAUUUACAUUGCCUGAUGGUUCUUUAAGAAUUACAAACCUAGUUACCAAAGACAAACGUAUAUACCGUGCUGAAGUAUUUAGUACCGAUGGAGGCUUCAUGUGUGCCCAGCUGUAUGAUCUCAGAACUGACGCGCCAUAUCAAGGGAUUAUACAAAUUGAGCCUUCAGAAUCCUGCAGCUCUACGAAACCCUUGAUAUGGAUACUUGGAGGAAGAACUACUCUACAGCUUCCUGCUCGUCAAAAUGUCGCUUAUAUUACCUGGGAUAUUAAUAAUGUGGAUCACAUAGCUAUUACCUAUUCUGACCGACCUUUGGUAGUGAAGAAUAGCAGUUAUGCUGGAAGACUGUCUGCCACGACUGAUGGAUCUUUAAAAAUGGGAAGUCUGAUCACAAAAGACCAGAGAGUCUACAGAGCAAAUGUAUUCAUCAGAAGUUGGACUUCCUUAUGUACACAGCUUUAUGACCUCAGAGUGAUAAGGACUGUGGUUACAACAAGCAUCACCACCACAUCAAACCCACCAUCAGGGAGUGUGGUUACAACAAGCAUCACCACCACAUCAAACCCACCAUCAGUUGUCUUGUCUCCUGAGCCUUGUGGAUCUACAAAAGCUCUUAAUGUUGAAGAAGGGGAAGACAUUACCCUACCACUGGACCAGACCCCAAUCACUUCUGUUACUUGGAACUUUGAAGAACAUCUUAUAGCUAGGACAACACCUGGAGAACCUCUGCAGCUAGGGAAAUAUAGCACUGAUUAUGCUGGAAGGCUAUUUACCUUGAUUGACGGAUCUUUAAGAAUUAUAAAUCUAACCACAAAAGACAUGCGGAUAUACAGAGCGGUCUUAUUUGGUAAAAAUGGCGGAUACCUAUGUGCCCAACUCUAUGAUCUCACAAUUAAUAAGCCUAAUCAGAUGUCUCCAGAUAUUGAGCCUAGUCCGAUGUCUCCAAAUAUUGCUGCUUUGGAAUCUUGUGGCCCUACAACACCCCUGAUUGGUGCACUUGGAGGAGAAACUACCCUGAGACGUCCUAUUCGGCCUAGUGCCGCUUUCAUUACCUGGGACGUAAAUAAUAUAGAUCACAUAGCAAUUACAAAACCAGGUCACAAUUUGGAAGUGAAGAACACUACCUACGAGGGAAGACUGUCUGCAAUGACUGAUGGGUCCUUGAAGAUGUCACAUGUAACGGCCAGAGACCAGCGGGUCUACAGAGCAGAUUUAUUCAUCCAAAACUGGGUUUACCGCUGUACUCAGCUCUAUGAGCUCAGAGUGAGACAGACAUAUUCAGACGUAUCUAGAAGUUACAGUCUUCAGAAUAUGAUUCGCCUGGCGCUCUCUGCCUGUAUUCUUGUUACCACUAUCUGCAUAGUAUUCCAUUACAUGAAAACAGGGACUGUUUGAUCGGGAAUGAAUAAAGGUGUCAUUAUCUACUUGGACCACAAGAGGUCGCCAAAUACCUCAAGAAUAAUAACAUCUACCAGAAGCAUAUAUUCUAUGGCGACAAUACUAUUUGUCAUUUGCUGUAUUAAAUGUUAACUUGUUAAAUAAAUUUUA